UCAUUCUCUCAGCCUCUCACCCCUUUCUCUUUUCAAAAGCCCCUUGUGAGGCAGAUUGACAGGAGAGAAUGAAAAUGAGGCGGACGCUGCGCCACGACCUCAGUGCGUACGCGUCCUUUUGAGAAGACCUCUAAAGUUGGAUCAUAUCACCAUGGGAGCUGUUUGGGCAGCGAGGGACUUUUGUUUGUUUUUGCUCUUGUUAAAUAGUCGCCAAAGCGUUGCGCUUCCUGAGAUUCGAGAUCCGUGCUCAGAGGGAAGCGAUGGCUGUCACAUUGAUGCUAUAUGUCAGACUACUCAAAGCUCAUACAAGUGCUCGUGUAAAGCAGGAUUUAAAGGGGACGGACAACACUGUGAAGAUGUGGACGAAUGUGACACGGAAUACACUGGUGGCUGUGUACACGAGUGCAACAAUAUACCCGGAAAUUAUCGCUGCACUUGUUAUGAUGGUUUCCAUUUGGCGCACGACGGGCACGACUGUCUGGACGUGGAUGAAUGCAAGUUCAACAACGGCGGGUGCCAGCACACUUGUGUCAACACCAUGGGAAGCUACGAGUGCCGCUGCAAGGAGGGCUUCUUCCUCAGCGACAACCAGCACACAUGCAUCCACCGCUCUGUGGAGGGCCUCAACUGUAUGAAUAAGGAGCACGGCUGCGCCCACAUCUGCAAGGAAACUCCCAAAGGGGGCGUGGCCUGUGAGUGUCGUCCAGGGUUCGAACUGGCCAGGAACCAGAGAGACUGCAUCUUGACCUGCAACCAUGGCAACGGAGGCUGCCAACACACCUGCGAGGACACAGAGAACGGCCCCAUAUGCAGGUGUCACGUCAGAUACACGCUACAAGCCGACAAGAAGUCGUGUGUAGAACGAGAUGAAUCCACCGCUGAGUCCUCGGACCACAAUGCCACGUCUUCUACCGAGGUGGACAAACGCGUCAAAAGAAGACUGUCAAUGGAAACCUGCGCAGUGAACAAUGGAGGCUGCGACAGCACCUGUAAGGACACUUCCACAGGUGUGCACUGCAGCUGCCCCAUUGGCUUCACGCUGCAGCCGGAUGGAAAAGCGUGCAAAGACAUUGAUGAGUGUGAGUUUCACAAUGGUGGCUGUGAACACUUCUGCAGAAACACCAUCGGCAGCUUCGAAUGCCACUGCAGGAAAGGAUUUAAGCUGCUGUCAGACGAACGCUCCUGUCAAGAUAUAGACGAGUGUUUUUUUGAGCGCACGUGUGAUCACACAUGUGUGAACUCCCCCGGUGGUUUUCAGUGCCUAUGCAACAAAGGCUACACCAUGUACGGGCUGGCCCACUGUGGAGAUAUAAACGAGUGCAGUUUGAACAAUGGAGGCUGUGAAUACGGAUGUGAGAACACGGUGGGAGGAUUUGAGUGUUUUUGCCGUCCUGGUUAUAAACUCCACUGGAACAAAAAGGACUGCGUCAAGGCUGAGGGUGUCGCACCUGCAACCCCGCUCUCUAAGCCUACUCUGAACUGCAGUAAGCAGCAGGGAAGGGACCGCUGCUUUCUGACCUGCCAGUCUCAAGUUCACAUCAGCAGCGGGACGAAGGAUUCCUACACGGUGACCUGUGGAAUGCCUCUGCCCUGCUUGGCUGACGUACAAAAGAACAACAGCGGCUCGCAUUGCUUAGGUCCAGAAAAGCCCAGAGUUCCGCGCAUUAAGACCACAGCCACUUUUAGGUCUGGCGCUGCGAAGUGCAAUUUGAAACGGGCUCAGGAGAAACUCAGAGACGGCUUAAACCCACCGCACUCAGGCAGCAGGUUCCUCUUCACCGAGAACGUCCAGUUCAGCUACGUGAGCCUGCGCUGCACCUCGUCGGGGCUGCGAGCGCGCAGCCGCCACAGCAGGCGAGCCGGCAUGGAGGACGGCUUGUCGUUCACAGCUGAGUUUGAGCUGGACGUGAAUCUAGAGGAGGUAACAGCAGAGAGCUGUGACCUGAACUGCGUGCGUCGGCGUUCAGAGAAGAGGCUGAGGAAAACCAUCAGGACCCUGAGGAAGUCCAUCAACCGUGAGCAGUUCCACCUCCACUUUGCUGGUGCUGACUACGAGCUGUCCAAAAGUCUGGGUCAUCCUGCUGAGCUGCUGGGACAUUGCCCGGCUGGACAGGUGUUGGUGGGCAGGAAGUGUGUGAGCUGCAGCGUUGGGACACACUACGAUGGAGGUCAGGGGCGGUGCGUGUUGUGUCCGGCUGGGACGUAUCAGGACGAGGAGGGACAGAUGUCCUGUGAAGUCUGUCCAACGCCAGAAGGAAGAGAAGUUUCCAAGGUGGUCGGAGCUCGCAACUUGUCAGAGUGUGGUGGUCAGUGUCCCCCUGGUCAGUUCUCUCAUGAUGGCUUCGUCCCCUGCCGUCCAUGUUCACUGGGAACCUACCAGUCAGAGGUGGGCCGGACUUCCUGCUUUGUGUGCGGUGGGAACCUGGUGACGAAACGCAGCGGUGCCGUCACCUUUCAGGAGUGUGAAACCAAAGUCCAGUGCUCUCCAGGUCAUUACUACAACACCAGCACACACCGCUGCAUUCGCUGUCCGAUGGGGACCUUCCAAGGCGAGUUUGGACAGAAGUACUGUGUCUCCUGUCCUGGAAACACCACCACCGACUUUGAUGGAUCCACCAACAUCAUGCAGUGCAAAAAUCGACAGUGUGGCGGAGAGCUGGGAGACUUUACCGGCUUCAUCGAGUCUCCCAACUUCCCGGGAAACUAUCCAGCCAACAUCGAGUGCACCUGGACAAUCAACCCGCCGCCUAAACGGCGAAUUCUUAUCGUUGUGCCUGAAAUUUACCUGCCCAUUGAGGAUGAAUGUGGAGACUACCUAGUGAUGAGAAAAAGCUCUCUGACCAACUCUGUAACGACCUACGAAACAUGUCAGACGUACGAGCGUCCCAUUGCUUUUACCUCUCGAUCCAAGAGGCUGUGGAUACAGUUCAAGUCGAACGAGGGAAACAGCGGGAAAGGCUUCCAGGUUCCAUAUGUCACAUACGAUGAGGACUAUCAAGAAUUGAUUGAAGACAUAGUGAGAGAUGGGCGGUUAUAUGCAUCGGAAAACCACCAGGAAAUCCUCAAGGAUAAGAAGCUCAUGAAGGCACUGUUCGACGUGCUUGCUCAUCCACAGAAUUUCUUCAACUACACUCCACAAGAAUCAAAGGAAAUGUUCCCUAAAUCCUUCAUUCGCUUCCUGAGGUCAAAAGUCUUGAGAUUUUUCCGUCCCUAAAACCGCAGAAGCCUUGAAUGAUUUUUUCUGUAAUAAGUGAGAUGCUGUGACCAUAGCAGUGGCCCCUAAAAGUACUUUUUGUUAGCUGAAUUCACUCAGCGCUGUAGGAGAACAGGUCUGAGGGGGGAUGUAGGCAGUUGGAGGAAGUGGAGCUUUAACUCAGAGUUGUGUAGACGUAUUGAUCUGCAUCCUCAAAAAGAAAUCAGGACGUCUUCAAUUUGUCUGGAAAUGUCUUUGAAAUGGCUCGAUGUGUAAAUUUUUAAAGUCAGGAGUACACAUCUGGAAAACUGCACGACUGUGCUCACGCUCUGACUUUAUGGGGCUUUUGCCGACUGAGUCAAGAUGGAAGACGGUAGCCAAACAGAUGUGUUACUGUACAUAGAGUGUGUCUCUAGUUUUAACAUAGGUGAUUUUCACAAGUAGGAAUGAAUUAUUGACAGAAACAUUGUAAAUGCCAGGAAGGAAUAGAGCACCGACGCAUCCCUUGGAACACGAGCACUACAAAAGAGGUGGUUCUACCGCAGAGCAACUUUCCUGAUGAAUGUUUUGUAUAUGAUGUAAGAAUAAAUGCAAAUGUAUAACAUAAUAGUAAGAGAGAGGCUGAAAAUUGCAGCUUUUGUGGUUGACUGAAAAAACAUUUUUCAAUUAUAAUCAGUCACCCUGAGUUUUUCAUGCAGGCUGAACAUGAAAACAAUCUUCUACACCUAUCUCCUGCAUUGGCUUCUGAUAGGAAAUAGGUGGUAAAACGCUAGGGUUUGAAAAUCUUCACAUAUCUAUGUCACACUGUGAAUUGGCAUUCAAGGCCUCGCCCUUCUUGGCUUGCGCCCGCCCACGGGGAGGCUUUUAAAAAAUUUUUGCAGCGAGAAGAGAGAGAGAGAAAGUGGAAAGUGUCUUGGUGAAAGUGACUUUGCAACAUGGCUGAACGCGUUCUGUUAGCCAAUCAGAAGCGAGGUGUGUGCAUAUCAUUAAUAAAAUUGAGUUAUUUUGCUGUUUUCAGCCCACCUCUGCACCAGCAAACUUCAGUCUUUUUGAAUGACUCAUAAGACAUUGAUUUACACUAGAGAACACUGCAAAAGUGCUGAAAAAAAUGAGUAAACCACACCUUUAAGCAAUCAUAAGAUAAUAACAGCUCCAGUGUAUUAACCUCUGUUUGCAUGAUUGCAAACUAGCUAUGUGACCCAGGAGACACAGAAUGAUGGUAUGUUGUAAAGGAAAAGACCUUAAAAAAUCAUGUAACAUACAACUGAAGCAAUUCACCUGGUUUAGAUGAUGCAUGUAUGUAUAUUUUUAUGGUUUUGUACAUCUAAUAUUGCUGUAAAUAAAAACUGAAAAUUGUA